AUGGUAGAUCAUACGACUCACGACGAUGGCAACAGCGUCUUCGACAAAGUGUAUCAAGCUGCCACUGAAUAUGUACCCAAUGCACUCAAGUUUAUUCUGCGCAUUCUUUGCUGCGGGUCUGAACGCGGCGGUGUCGCCCUGGAUUCAGCUUGGAACUACACUUGCAAUGAGGCCAACCCUAUAGUCCAGAUAGUUUACCUCGCCCUAGUAGUAGGAGGUUACUUCUUAUACGUUAUAUUUGGAUACCCAUUGCUCCCUAACCUCUAUCUUGGAGGCUACCACAAAUACGUCGGCUUUCUCGUUUUUGUUAUUUGCAUCUACACCUUCGCUGGAGCGUCUAUAGCAGACCCAGGGGUCAUCACUAAACGCAAUGUCAAUGCAAUAUCGCGGAUAUACCCUAUGGAUGACAUACUAUUCCACGAGAAGGAGUGUUCGACAUGCAAGCAGCCUAAGCCGGCUCGUAGCAAACACUGUUCCCUUUGCAACUGUUGUGUGGCUAGAUUCGAUCAUCACUGUGUAUGGAUAAACAACUGUGUUGGUGUCAAUAACGUGCAUUGGUUCAUCGCCUUCCUAUUAGCAAACACCGCCCUAUGUGUAUACGGUGCUGUGGUCGGCGUGAUCAGUCUCAUGGCGGUCGUCCAAGAGCGUGACCUGUGGAACGCUCGAUUCAUCAACCCCAGUACGGGGGAACAAUUCAACGCCAGCAAGCGGAUAAUUCUUCAGUGGCUGCUUACACACGAGUACAUAAUGAUUGCUAUGAUCACUCUGUGUACUAUUAUGUCUAUUGUGUUGGUUGGUUUUACUUCCUGGCAUUUGUAUCUCGCGGCUUCAAACGUUACUACCAACGAGUCAGCUAAGUGGCGCGGCCUGCAUGACUGUCUGAAGACGGAAAAUCACAACGGAGAGUUUGGUGAGCUCAAAAACAUCUACGACAAGGGAUCGGUGUUGGCAAACUGGCGAGAUGUCCUAUGGGAUCGUGUGGACACCCGCAUUCUUGGGGCGGAGACCGCCGAGAAGCUGAAACGAAGCCCCCAAGUCUCCCAGAGCAGUGGUGGUCAUAACAAGAGGUCGUCGAACAAGCGUAGGAAGCAUUGA